AUGAACUACGCAGCAGUAAUCAACGGUCCGUUUUCAAGCAACAACGGCAACAACCACUACUCACGUUUGGGUUACACCCCCAAUGGUUAUGGUCCACAGCCGAACACAACAGAGCAAAAUCCACAAAUGGUCCCAUAUCAAACGUUUAAUAGUGCCGCCGGACAGCCAGUAAAUGUUUACCAACAGAUUCCCCCAACUUCUGCAUCAAGGGAUCCUAGGACGAACAUCCAUAUUGGAAGCAAACUUUUUGUGGGACAAGUCCCCGCCAUGACGACAGAAGAACAAUUACGACCGGUAUUUGAGCCUUAUGGGGAACUUUUAGAAGUAAAGAUUAUGCGUGAUCCCUUGGGACGUUCAAAGGGAAGUGCUUGGGUGCGCUACGAGACAAAUGAAAUGGCCAUGAAUGCCAUAAACGCUCUUCACGAGAAACAUACAGUCCCUCCUCAGACCAAUCCAUUACGAGUGCAAUUCGCCACUCCCAACAGUGUGAGGCAUCAACAACUCCAAGCAAGAUACGCCGUCGAGCUAAAGGUUCCGAUGAAUCAAUACAACUUUGGAGGCCAAAUGGGAGGCGGCACGCAGCAGAGUGGAAUGGUAAUGCUGCGAUCUGGUGCCUCCCCAAAUGUUGUUCCGCCUAUUUCCGCGAAUGUUGGAGGACGGUACAUGUCCGCGCCUUUUGGAGGCGGCCCAAUGGAAUCUUCUUCUAUUAUGAGUGGACCAUACACGUCUUCUGCAAAUUGUUUUGACGGUGUUAAUUCCUCUGGAAAUCGAAGAGAUUUAUAUUCGCCCUUGGAGCAGCCGCAGGGCACAGCACCACAGCUGUAUCAACAACAACAACAACAACAACGGGGUGGGUUUUCCAGUCCCGUUGUCACACCACCGAGUGUUUACAACCAGGCGUCCUCCACAAGGCAACCCACCGCUCGGAAUAACAACACCAAGAGUGGCGGUGGCAUAAGUAUGGGAUCCUUUGAGAGUGGGCAUGGUAUGGUCAACCCUAACAGCAACGGAGCACCCACAAUGGCGAAUGAAAUGUCUACUCUUGACGCCGGAAUUGCUCUUUGGGAGGCGAGGAACAACAAUGGUUUACAGGGACAGGAGCCGCGGGAAGCAGCAGCACGAGUUCGCUCAGGUGAAAGGAAGGAAGAAUAG